AUGCCAUCUUCACUUAAAACAAAAGAAGAAGGGUGUGAGGUUGGGGUGUGGGGAGAAAAAUCAACCCAGGCGAGGCGGGGCGGGGUGGGGCCGCCAGGUUCCGGCACCCUGGGGGCCAGCGUGUGGGCUGCCAGGAAGGGGGCGGAGCUGGGGGCUAGUCGAAGGGGAGAGGCAGUAGCCGGUGUGGACGUGUUCCUCAAAAUACGGCGCCGCAAGACCGUCAUCUUCAUGGAAGGCAAAGCGUCCAGCACCAUGUUUCUGUUGAAGCGCAUCGUCGAGGGCGUCCUCAAGCAGCUGCCAGAUGAGCAGCGGCUGUACAAGGACCACCGGUUUCUGGACGAUGGCAAGAUAUUGGGUGAGUGUGGCUUCACCAGCCAGACCCAGCCGCGGGUAGGGCUAGCCUUACAGGCAGGUGAAGCAUUUGAGAACCUGCCCAUCAAGCCUUUCUCCAGCACACCAGAGUUGCCGGAUGUGAUGAAGCCGCAGGACCCAGGAAGCAGCGCUAAUGAACAAGCUGUGCAGUGA